AUGUGUCAAAAUGGUUUUAUUUCAUGUAUGAGAAAAAUGUAGUUUAUUUUGAAAAAAAAGUCAACUUGAAUACAUUUUAAUUGAAAAGAUCGUUUUCCAAAUAUGAUAUGUUAUAACUUAUAAAGAGCUAAAAGCCAAGAAAAAAUCAAAAUUUCGAAAAAUCGGAUGAAUUUAACUUUUUGGAUUCACGUGGAAGAGGACAAUUUGAAGGAACAGGCCCAUUUUUCGGCCUAAAAAGCCCGAUUUUUCUUCAGAAGUUAAUGGAACUCGAAUUGCUGGCUUCAAAAAUUUCCCAUCCGCCGAACUUUUGCAAAAACCUGGAAUUUUGAAAUCGGAAGAGGAAAUUAGACAAUGUGAGUGUUUUUUUUGAAUUUGGCGCGAAAAUUCAAAAAUUCAAAUUUUUUCCCACAGGGUUCACCAAAAACGGCUACAAUCCCUCAUUGCCUACAGUAACCUCGUGUAAUAGCGGAGUUCAGGCCGCAUUGUUGGCCUAUGUUAUGGACUGGGCUUUGCCUGAAUCCAGGCCCAGGCUUUUCAAUGGGAGUUUGAAGGAAGUCGAAUUGAGAGAUCCGAAGAAGAUCAGUGAAGGCCCACAACAUUUACCGCAUUGA